UUCUCUUAAUUGUAUAUUUCUACUGGAUGAGAAUUUAUCAACUGGGAUCCCAGAAAUGAUUGGUCUCGCAUCAUUGAAAGCGAUUUUUGAAAAUAUAAGAAGCGAAUAUACUCCAUAUCAUUUGUCAGAUAAAGAUGUUAUACGAUAUCAUGAGAUAUCCAAGAUCGCAAAUAAAAACUUCCAAGGUUGCAAGUUAUUACUUAGGAAAUGGCAGAAGGAAGUCGAAGAGAAUGAUGAUGAUUUAGUUUUAGAAGUUUUUGAAUCAGU